CUCAGUUCGUCACACUGAUUGUUAUUCUUAUUUAGGUUCUGCAUAAUAAAGUACAUCCUGUUUCAUUUCGAUUUAGUUUGUCGUCCAGUGAACAUCUCACGAUGAUUGUUCAAUUAUUUACCGGUUUUUUUGCUCUACUCUCGACAAUACUAAUAGUCAGUGCCAAUCCAGUUAAACGAUCAAUUCCAAAAAUUAAUAAUGAGCCAAUUAUUGGAAUUCUAUCGCAAGAACUUAUACCGGGACUGUAUUCAAGUUAUUCCAAUGAAUAUGAUAGUUAUAUAGCAGCUUCGUAUAUAAAAUUUGUUGAGGGUGCCGGAGCUCAAGCUGUUCCUAUAUGGAUUGGAAAGAAUUCUACCUACUAUGAGGAUAUAAUGAGUAAAUUAAAUGGAGUUCUUUUCCCAGGUGGUGAUGUAAAUUUUUUUGUAUCUAACGGUUAUGCUGACGCUGGUGACAUAAUUUACAAAAUUGCCAAAAGAUAUAAUGACAAUGGAGAUUAUUUUCCUAUCCUAGGAAUAUGUUUGGGUUUUGAAUUGUUAACUUAUCUCAGUGCUAAUCGUGUAGAACACAGAACAAAUUGUACUUCUGUUUGUCAAGCAAUUCCUCUCAAUUUCACACCAGUUUUCAAUCAAAGUAAAUUGUUUGGGAGUACUUCGGAAAAAAUUAUCAACAUUUUAAAAACUGACAAUGUGACGGCUAAUUAUCACAAUUAUUGUGUGACGAAAUCCGACUUGGAGAGAGUUAAUUUGACAGAUAGUUUACGUGUAAUGUCAUUGAAUAACGAUGAAAACGGUUUGGAAUUCAUAUCAACUAUUGAAGAUAAAAAAUAUCCAUUUUAUGGACUGCAAUUUCAUCCGGAAAAAAAUGAUUACGAAUGGGUUAAGGGAAGAAACAUUCCUCACAGCAGGAAUGCGACAAUUAUUAAUCAAUAUUUUGCCGAUUUCUUAGUAAUUGAAGCACGGAAAAAUUUCCAUAAAUUUGAAGACGAGGAGGAAAAAUUAAAAACACUAAUUUACAACUAUAAUCCAACGUAUACGGGUCUUAAGAAAUCAUUAAUGAUACAAAGUUACUUUUUCAAGACAACGAGUUGAUUUUAAUUAGUUUUCUUAUUAAUCAUUGAACUUUGUAAAUAACAUUUUUUACUGUAUCUUUUAAUUUUAAUUAAUUAAGUAAUAAAUAUUUGUGUUGUAUGACAA